AAGAACCACUGAGGCAACUUUAGAUAAGUUACAAGUGUAUGGCCAGCCCGGCUGACAACUGAUGAGAGACUGUAGUCAGAAAAGGCUGCAGAAACGAGAUGCUUUAAGACUAUUCUUUCCUCCUCCCUAUAAUCCAUCAACUGUCCCAAGCUAGCGUAACCUGGGCUCCUUUUUCAUCCUGUUGGCAGACAGGGCACACCCCCACCACCUAAAAUGCCUUAUUUUGCAUUGCUGACUGGUCUACUAGCUUUAUCUCUCCUAGCCUGCUGCGGGCGAGGGAAACCUCUGGAGGACCGGGAACGGGUGUCUGCCAUGGAAAGCGCCAAUAGAUUCUUUGGGGAGGCUGAGAAGGGGGAGGAUGACAUGAGCUUUGACUUCAAAAUGUUCCUGGAGAACAUGAAGGUGGAUUUCCUGCGGAGCCUGAAUUUAUCAGGGGUCCCUUCCCAAGACAGGACCAAAGUGGAGCCGCCUCAGUUCAUGAUUGAUCUAUACAACAGAUACACCACCGACAAAUCGUCCACUCCAGCAUCCAAUAUAGUGAGGAGCUUCAGUAUCGAAGAUGUUGUCUCUGUGUCUUCGACAGACAGACAUCCCUUACAGAAACACAUCUUACUUUUCAACAUCUCUAUCCCAAGACAUGAGCAAAUCACCAGGGCUGAGCUCCGACUCUAUAUUUCAUGUCACAGCCAUGCUGAAUUGUCCCAUGAACUGAAAGGCAGCAUUGCCAUUUAUGACAUCCAAGGUGCAACAGACUUCUGGGAAGGCACAGAGGGGACCAAGUCCUUCCUUGUGUCCCAGGCUAUCCAAGAAAGUGGUUGGGAAACAUUUGAGGUCUCCAGUGCAGUAAAACGAUGGGUUAGGUCAGAUCCAACAAAGAACAAAAAUAAGCUGGAAAUUAGAGUGGAAAAUCAUAUGAAAGGAUGUGAAAAACUAGACAUCAGUGUCCCUCCAGACUCCAAAAAUCUGCCCUUCUUUGUUGUGUUCUCUGAUGACCGCAGCAAUGGAACCAAGGAAAUCAAGAUGGAGCUCAGGGAGAUGAUAGGUCAUGAGCAAGAGAGUGUGCUCAAGAAGUUGUCCAAGAAUGGCAGCACUCAGGAAGAGGAGGAAAUAGAAGAAAUAGAAGAUUUCUCUAUCAGGAGACCAUCUUUGUCCAGAAGCAAAAGAAGCACAGCUUCCAAUAACCAUUGCCAAAGGAGCUCCCUUCGAGUCAACUUCAAAGAUAUUGGAUGGGACAGCUGGAUCAUUGCCCCAAAAGAGUAUGAUGCAUAUGAAUGUAAAGGAAUCUGCUUCUUCCCUCUUGCUGAUGAUGUGACUCCAACUAAGCAUGCCAUUGUUCAGACUUUAGUACAUCUCAAAAAUCCCAUGAAAGCUGGAAAGGCCUGCUGUGUACCUACCAAACUGAACCCAAUUUCUAUCCUCUAUAAAGAUGAUGUCGGAGUGCCCACUUUAAAAUACCAAUAUGAAGGAAUGAGUGUGGCAGAAUGUGGAUGUAGGUAGUACCCAAUCACCCCAUCAGCUUGAAAAAAGGAAAAUAUUGGCAUAUCAUUCUGGGAUGAAGGGAGAGGGGAGGUAUCAAAAGGCAUGUGCUCUUGCAAAGCUAUACAUUGGUGCUGAUGAUGUUAACCUAUGUAGACAAUAUUGGAAGAGAGAAAAGAAAAAAUCAAGACUCUAAAGCCAAGUUACUUGGACUUAAUUAUUUGGAAGCACUACUACAAUUGACCCUUUUAGCAAUAUGUCCAACAGGAGUAACGUUAGACUUUGAAGUACCCAAAGGGGAUCUUGGGAAAACAGAAUUGGUGGGAAGGAUGAAAAAAAUCAGGAAAGUAGAUGCAAUGGGGUGCAGACAGGGAAGUUGAUGGGGGAAAAACACAAAGUCAAAAGAAUUGAAUAUUAGCCAAAAAUUUCCUAAAGAUUACCAAACAUGAGGAGUACAGAUGGCUGCAUAAUCUAUGAAAAUGAACAUGCAAAGGAAUAGGGAAGUAAGGAAUGAAUGUUUCAUAUGCACAGCAGAGUUCCUAACCAGGUCAUCACCUUGAUCUAGAACACAUUCCACAUCAGAACACUGAUUAACAAUUGCUGCUUUAGGGAAAUAUGACAAUUAAGAAUGCAUAUGCCAAGAAUGAAGAAUUACCAAGCUCCAACACGGUAUUCAAUAACCACUGAAUGCACAGACUCAUACUGGAUGUAUCUCACUUCAAAGUGGAUCAGGAGCAUGGAGUACAAUUGGCUUCAUCUGUCUCAGUCAUCUUUCCAGUGGAGCCCUUUCAAGGACAUUGAAGCCCUAACUUUGCCACUACACUGGCAUAAAGGUGACAGCAGGUUCAUGUUUUCACCAAUUAUUUUUGGUUUCUCCAUUGGUCCACUGUAAUAUUAUAAGCAGAGUCAAAAUGGAUAUUAUUUGUCAUCAAACAAAUAACUACAUGUUAUUGGAUGGGGUGCAGGGGAUGGUUCACUUAAGAGACUCCAGUUUCUUUCAAUUAUUUAUUUAACUUGGUUGACCUUGUAUUUUCUUUGUGCUUGAACUGACUUUUUUCUUUCAAAUUUUCCUUAGGAAGAAUUUAAAGAGUAGAAAAUGAAUCAGGCUUUAAUUCACUGAAAUAAAUGUGUGGGAGUUGGAGAUGUCAUGCUUUGGACGUGGUUAUCCAAGAUGUACCUAUUUUUACUUUCUUUAUGACACGUACUUGAAUGAUAAGAAGCCCAGUCUUCUGUCAGUUAAGGCUCACUCUCCUCCAAGGAACUCUUGGUCUUUAUCUCUCCUUUCUGAUAAAAAAAGAAACUAUACCCUAUGCAGUACAAGUUCAGCAUUUCUUCAAGCAUUAGGUAGUGGAAAAGCUAACAUUUGUCAACUUCUUUUCUGUGUUUCUAAAAGGCAGAUGACUUUUUUUCUUGAACAGUCUCAUUAGAAAAAGGUGAAACCAGGAAGUUUUAUGUUAAAGUAGAUAGGUCUACUUUUUAAAAUAGUGGAAUAGAUUAAAUGGGUUAUCCAUCAGAUUAGCAUCAAUUCUAAUACAGAAAGAAGAUAAGGGCUUUGUAAAAAAAAAAAAAAAGAAUUCUCAUAUAGUCCAAGUGAAGCAGCUGACCACAUGGUUUUAAAAUAUGCUAACCUUCAUGUUUCCUACUUUGAUUUAAAAAAAAAAAGGAUGGGAGGAAGGAAAGAGCAGAGAAGGUUUAAUUGUCCUUAUCUCCCUCACCUCACUAUUACCAACAGGAUCUAACAUGGCAUUUCACUCACUCAUAUUGAAAGGGAGUAGGGCAAACACAAGAGAAAGGCAAGAUAGACCCAACUAAUAUGAAUUGGAUAGUGUUAGAAUACUAUCUCACACAAAUCCUUACUUUACUCUCCAAAUAACCAAGCAUCUACUCAAAAUGCUGAUGGAUUUUUGAGGAAGGAACCUAAACAAGAGGCUGGACCUACUGACCAUUUAAAUAAAUGCUUAUGUUUUAAACCAAAGAGGCUUUGUGGGUGAAAUAAACCACCAAUAUUCACAAGUUGGGAUCAAAUGAAUAGUAUGUGCUUUUGUUAACAUUUCAUGCAAAAAAGAAAAGAAAAGAAAAGAGGGCCUAGGAAAUCCCCCCCCCAAAAAAGAUUGCUGACCCAUAAACCACUCUAAGUCCACAUUUAAACAUCCAUAUAUAAUGUUGCCCUAUGUAUCUAACAAUGGCAUAAAUGAUUAAUCAUGAGUCAAGAAUGUGUUUUAAUGCUUUUCCUAGCAAUACAAACCAGAGAGUCAUUCCAUUUUGUAAUUAAAAGAGAUCUUGAUGGUUAUCUAGACCAACCUAUUCCUAAGCAAGAAUCCCUGUUAUAACAUCCCUGAUAAGUGGAACCUUAAGAAUCUCCAGUAACCUGGAAUUUCCUACUUUCCAAAGCAGCUAGCCCACUUUUGGAUAUCAAUAAUGUGUAUUUGCCCAAUGGCUUGCCCAGUCUCCCUUGUGGCUGUGGGGGCACAGGACAAAUAAGGUCUUGCCUCUAUCAAGAUCAGGGGCUACAGAAGAGAGCUAAGUUAAUAAUAAUAGCUCGCCUGUAUAUAUAGGGCUUUAAAGCUUAUCUAACAUUAUCUUUACUGAUGAAGAAUCUAAAUCUCAGAGACUUGAUCAAUAUCACACAGCCAGCAAGGGGGGCUCUAAAGUAGGUGAUUAGUAGACAUUAAUUGAUAAAACCAGGACUCUUCAAUAAGCCUGCUGCUUAUUCCAUCUAGACAGCUGGUCAACUGAAAAUAAGUCAACAACUAUUUGCACUAUAUUCACAGUGGGAUACAAAAACAGAAUCAAAAUGGCCCCAGCCCUCAAGGAGAUUACCAGAAUCUAGAAGCUGGGGAUGACAACAUGGCCAUAUAUAGAAUAUACAAAAUAGACAGAAGAUAAUUUGUGAGGGCAUUGUGGAGGAGUGGCAUUAGAAGAAACAGGAAGGGUUAAUGCAAAAGAUGGGUCCUAGAGUUGAGCCUUAAUGUCCUUUGCAACAUAUCAGCUAAGCUAAUUAUUUAUAGACUGAAAAAGAGUAACAGCAAUAAUAAAAAAAUGGACACAAUAUCAUUAAUAAUAAUAGCUAGCAUGUAUAGUACUCUUCAAGUUUUGUAAAAUGCUUUAUAAAUGUCUUUUCAUCCUCACAACAAUAUUGGGAGGUAGGUUGGUUUUAUUAUCUCCAUUUUACACAUGAGGAAACUGUGUCUAAGAUUGAUAUCGUUACAGUUUCUGAAAUGUUUCACAUACACAUUAUCUCAUUUAAUAAACCAUGUAGGAAAUGAUCAAGUUACCAGUUAUCAAAUGGAGAAUUCAAAGCUUUUAUAAUUUUUUAAAUGCUUAGAUUGUCCCGGAUGGACCUUUCAACCCAGGACCCUGUCAAUGUUGGGCAUUUUCUCAAUGCUUAGUAAAUACUUGUUGUUGGAUCCAGUGAGAUCACGCUCCCAGACUAUCAUUUCUUUGUGCCAUUCUGUUUUCGAUGGUCCCUGAGGGCCAUGCAGGUUUGCUGCUAAUUUUCUUCCUGCUUGCUUUCCCCCCUUUAGCAAUGCUUAAACCAGGUGGAAUGUAUGGACUCUGAUUGUUCUUAGAAAGUCUGGUCAGAGACGUCUCAAUGCUCUAUUAAGCACCCCAGCUAAAAAGGAUGCUUUACUCCCUCAUCUCUCACUAUUUAAACUUUAUAGAUAGCUUUUCUUCUGAGUAGACUUGGACAUGAGUUCAAGAAGCUAAUGUGUGAUUCAAUUCAUCAAGUGUUUAUUAAAUACCUACCAUAGGUCUGGCAUAACCACUGCCUAUACAAAAACAAAACUCCAAGAGUUUAAUUCUAUUGGGAGAAAACGUGAGCAUAGAUAGAUAAAUUACACAAUAGAUUUCCAAUGAGGCAGCUAGAUGGCUCGGUGGACAGAGCACAGAACCAGAUUCAGGAUGGUGAGUUCAAAUCUAGCCUCAGAUGCUUACUCAAUGUGUAACCCUAGAUAAGUCAUUUAACCCCAUUGGCCUCAGUUUCUCAUCUAUAAAAUGAAUUAUAGGAAGAAAUGGCAAGCUGUUGUAGUAACUUGCUCUUUUGCCAAGUCAAAAAAGUGUCAGACAUGACUGAAAUGAGUGAAAAACAACAAUAACAUAUUUCAAACAGGGGAUUUUUAGAUUCUCAGUGAUGCUGUUGAUUAAAAAAAUCUACUUAAUAAACUACAAAUUGGUGCAAAUAACAUGGAGAGAUGUCCAGGUCUUGAAAAGUUAAUCAUAAUGGAGAGGCCCCAUAAUGCAAUAGAAAAUAAACCUUUUUUUCUAUUCCCAGUCUAUCUGACUCUAACUCUUUCUAUAUGUCUUUGCAUUUAAUUUUUCAAGAUCUUGAUUUCCUCAUAAAAUGACAGAAUUGAACUCAGUGAUCUCUACAUACAUACAUACACACACAUUUUAAUUAUUUUGACUAAGGAGUUGUUGGAUUUUUUUUAGAAAAAAGAAAAUUUCCAUUAAACUGUUUUUCAAUAAAGAAAAAUAAGUUAGUAAAAUCUCAGAGUAGGAAGGUACCUCAGGGACUUUUCAAUGCCAUACCUUGACAAGGUUUGCUUUUCAAAUUACUUCACAAGUCAGUAUCUAGCUUUUGCUUGAAGGUGUCCCAUGAAUAGGAACUUAUUUUCUAUUAUUCUUAUUAACUACUAAUAUUUGUGAUGAUUCAUUCUUGUGCAUCUAAGAUUCUCUGUAACACUUUUAUUGCUGGUCUAAUUAAUAAUUACAUUAAAAUCAUUACUAUUAACAAGGUUAAUAAUAAUGACUCCCAUCCAUCUGGCCAAGCUGAAGAGCUUGUGCUUCAUCUUAAAGGUAAUAGGAAAUGU